AUGAUGAUGAUAGGUUCCAUCUUACCCUUACCAGCUCCUCCUGCAAAAUCAGUUGCCACGCAUACCAAGGCUAUUGGUAUCAUACCUCCUCCUCCAGGAAUCAAAGUCGUCAUUGAUAAAACUGCUCAGUUCGUGGCAAAGAACGGACCCCAAUUUGAACAGGUCAUAGCUAAGAAUCUAGACAUAGCAAAAUCAAAUCUAAGCUUUUUGAUUUCCUCAAAUCCCUACAAUGCAUAUUAUAAGCUCCGGGUGUCUGAAUUCCUUGCCCAGCCUGAUCAGUCUUAUGAAAAGCUAGCGAGAGUUGUAGAUGUUGAAGAUGGAGCACCAAAACCUGAUUCUCCCUCCCAGCUUAGACCUGAAUGCAAAGUGCCUGAACCAUCAGAACCCGAAGAGUUUACUGUUCGGCUUCCUGAAGGAAUUUGUGGAGAAGAACUAGAUGUUAUUAAACUCACAGCCCAGUUUGUAGCUCGGAAUGGGAAAUCGUUUUUGACAGGAUUGAGAAGCAGAGAGAUGAACAACCCCCUGUUCUAUUUUCUCAGGCCUAAUCAUAGCAUGUUCAACUUUUUCACUUCUCUGGCAGAUGCAUAUUCAAAGGUGUUGAUGCCACCAGAAGGAUUGACAGGGAAGCUCAAGAAGAGCGUGGCAGACAUGUCUACUGUGCUAGAACGGUGUGUGCAUCGGCUGGAGUGGGAGGCUUAUCAAAAGAAGGCAAAGCAGAAGGCCGAAGAUGAGAUUGAGCAGGAAAGGUUACAAAUGGCUGCAAUUGAUUGGCACGAUAAUGUCUUGGUCGAAGUCAUAGACUUUGAUGAUGUUGAGGAUGACUGUUUACCUCCUCCACUGAGCAUCGAAGAGGUUAUAAGGGGAAGCAAAGUUGUUAUGGAAGCAGAUGAUAAUGUCGAAAUGGAUAUGGAUGAAGAAGAGAUGCAACUUGUUGAAGAUGGAAAGAGGGUAACAGAGGUGGCCGAUCCAGAACAACCACCAAUGAGAAUUGUGAAGAACUGGAAGAGACCUGAGGAGAGGAUGAUCCAAUCCAGUGUUGAAAGGGACAUGACGAUUUCCCCUAUUACUGGGGAGCUUGUCCCUAAGAAUGAGAUGUCUGAGCACAUGAAGAUUUCCCUCAUUGAUCCAAGAUACAGAGAACAGAAAGAAAGGAUGUUUGCUAAGAUUCGGGAGACUAGUCUUGUUCUUGCACAGGAAGAUGAGAUCUCAAGAAACAUAGUGAACCUUGCGCGAACUCGUCCUGAUAUUUUUGGUUCCACUGAGGAGGAAGUUUCUAAUGCUGUCAAGGCUGAGAUUCAAAAUCAAGCGAUAUCACAGAGUAUCAAUGGAGAGGAUAAGAAUGAUGCUGUGAACAAUGAGCGAAGGAACUUUCCUGGUCCAGCAAGGCCUGACAUGCCUUCAGUUCGACCUCAACCUCCACCAACUGGCUUUCUUCCUCGUGUUCCUCUAAGCACGGUUCAUUGUUCAGCUCCUAAUAGCAUUGGCCUCCCAAUACCUCCUCUAGUUGUCCAAUUUCCAUCGGUUGGAGCUCCUCUGCUACCUCCAUCAAUAUUUACGACUGCAACUAAUAUUCCUACACCAUCUCCACCUGUAGCUCAGUUUACACCUAUGCAAGUUCCCCAAAGGCAUUAUAUUCCUCCACCUUCAGUGCAUAUGAUGCCCCUGCCUCCACCACCACCUUUACCUCAAGAAAUGCAUCUACCACCACCACCACCACCUCCAGUUGCAGAGGAGGAACCCAAGCCAAAGCGACAGAAGCUCGAUGAUUCAAUGCUUAUUCCAGAAGAUAAAUUUAUGGCACAGCAUCCGGGACCAGUUGACAUGAAUGUAUCUGUUCCUAUUGUUGAUGAAGGUAACCUCAAAGGCCAACUUCUACAGAUCACGGUGCAGUCUUUAUCUGAAACUGUUGGCAGUCUGAAAGAGAAAAUUUCUGCAGAAAUCCAACUUCCGGCAAACAAACAGAAAUUGAGUGGAAAAUCAGGCUUUCUCAAGGACAAUUUUUCACUUGCAUAUUACAAUGUUGGCGCAGGACAAACACUCGCUCUUUCAAUAAGAGAGCGCGGUGGAAGGAAGAGAUGA